GUUAUGAGUUGCAAUGUGGGUUAGAAGUAACAUUUGGUGACAUAAGAAUUAACUUAAAUUUUAGUAGACUCACAAUUAUUGAGACAGAAAUAUUAAAUUGAUCUAUUCAAUGCUUUGUGAACUCCUAUCUAGAUUAAGAUAUCAUUAACUACAUUUAAAAGCUUGAUAUUCAUAUGUUGCCUGGUACAAAUAGCUUGAAAUUAGAAAAAUUAGUGAUAGAUAACUUGCUUGUAUGAGCAUACAUGUUUGCAAAGUUAGCAUUGACAAAGUGAUGCAACUCUGUAGCAAAUUUUAGCACUGAUGGGCCAGUACCAAUAAUAACAAAAUGAAUUUUGUUCUUCCUUUCUUAUUUGACAAGGGAAAUUGUAGCACUGAUGGGGCACUACCAAUUAGCAAAAUGAAGCUUGUUGACUUAUUGCAGUUGUGAUGCAUUGCUUUGCAUGAUAAUUCCCUUGUCAAUGAUAACUUUGCAUGAUCAUGUAGUUUGUAGUAUAAUGUAACUUUGCAUGAUCAGGUAGUUCUGAUGCAUUGCUUAACAGAGCAGACAAUAUAAUUCCCUUGUCAAUGAUAACUAUGCAUGAUCAGGCAGACAAUAUAAUUCCCUUGUCAAAUCAUGAUCAGGCUAGGUGCUAGCAUAAUGUAACUAUAAAUAUAAUUCCCUUGUAUGCAUGAUCAGGUAGUUUGGAGUAUACAUAAGAUAUAAUGGAAGAAUAAUUAAGAUGAUCUAUUUGGUAUGCAUAGUAUUUGGAUGUUAUUUUCCUUAAGGUGAUUACUGUGGUGACUUAUGUUAUUUCUAUGCAGGCUGGUGAAGGUUCCAGGAAGCGGAAGCGCGAGGAGGAGCAGCAUGUGCCUCCUCCAAUCCAGGAGCUAGAGCCUGUCCCUCCUCCAAUCCAGGAGGAGGAAGAACCUGUGCCAGCUCCACCAGUGCCAGCUCCACCAGUGCCAGCUCCACCAGUUCCAGCUCCACCAGUGCCAGCCCCAGCAGUGCCAGCUCCACCAGUGCCAGCUCCACCUGUCCCUGCUCCACCUGUGCCUGCUCCAGCAGUGCCUGCUCCACCUGUCCCUGCUCCAUAUGAGGAGUUACAGGAUUCAGAUGGCUCCCUGGAGUAUGACUCCCAGGAUUCAGCCGAGUCCGUGGACAGCAGGAACAUUGGAUCCUUCAAGACCAAGCUGCUGCAGAAGCUGGAUGCUGGGGCCUUCCCUUUCAAGAAGAGGGGGAAGUACUUCUGUCCAUGGCACAAGGUGAAGCCCAGGGAUGGGAAGCUUAAUAGCCUGAGGCAGCACUGCGAGGAGCUAUCCCAGACUGGCACCUCCAAGCAGAUUAGGGCAGAGCAUCAUGGGCUUCUGUUGGUGCUUGCUAUGGAGGAUGCUUGAAGCCUAGCUCCUGUGGAUGGUGGUUGCUCUGGUUGCUUUUGUUGAUAUGCUUUAGGUUUAUGAUGUUGGAACUACUGCUGCUUGUGGUGUUGAACAAUGUUUGUUAUGCUUUUGAACUGAGUUGUCAGACCAUCUACUAUAGUGAUGGUCUUAAUUACUGAAUCUGUGUGGAUCUAUGUUGUGUGUUGAAUUAUUAUGUAGGUUAUGAUGCUUAGCUCUGUGUUUCAUUUGGAAUGAUGGUGGUUGCAUGUUGCAUUUA